GCAAGGGGUGGGCCCAGCCCGGCGAGGGCGUGUCGGCUGCGGGGCGGGGUCCGACCCGAAGGAGCUUCUCGCGGCCAAGGCGCCUUGGGCUUCCCUGGGUUAGCAGGAGGCGACGGAGGCGGACGCUGAACACUGGCCACUGGCCAGUCUAUGGAGAGAUCCCCCGGACUCUGAGACCGCGGUGUGCAAGAGGCGAGCUCAGCCCCGGGCUUGAUUGUUGGGGGUUUAGCCUCUCGGGGCUGCACCGGGACGCUGAGCGGGUCCCCUCCGGCUCCGCCAUGGGGGACGUGCUGUCCACGCACCUGGACGACAGCCGGCGCCAGUACAUCGCAGAGAAAACUGGGAAGAUCCUGAAAGAUUUCUUCCAGUUCUAUGAAGACCAAUAUGGAGUUGCUCUCUUCAACAGCAUGCGCUAUGAGAUUGAAGGCACGGGUGGGCCACAGGCUCAGCUGCUCUGGCGGAAGGUGCCACUGGAUGAACGGGUCAUCUUCUCUGGGAACCUGUUUCAGUAUCUAGAAGACAGCAAGAAAUGGCGGAAUCGCUUUAGCCUUGUGCCACACAACUAUGGGCUUGUGCUCUAUGAAAACAAAUCUGCCUACGAGAGACACACCCCACCCCGAGCCAUCAUCAACAGUGCGGGCUAUAGAAUUCUUACCUCAGUGGAUCACUACCUGGAACUCGUUGGUAACUCUUUACCAGGACCGGCCCCCAAAUCUGGUGCUGCUCCAAUUCUGAAGUGUCCUACCCAGUACCCCCUGAUCCUCUGGCAUCCAUAUUCCCGCCACUAUUACUUCUGCGUGAUGACAGAGCCCGAGCAGGAGAAGUGGCUGGCUGUGUUCCAGGACUGUGUCCGGCACUGCAACAAUGGCAUUCCAGAGGAUUCCAAGGUAGAGGGCCCAGCAUUCACUGAUGCCAUCCGCAUGUACCGUCAGUCAAAGGAGCAAUAUGGUACCUGGGAGAUGCUCUGUGGAAAUGAAGUGCAGAUCUUGAGCAACCUGGUGAUGGAGGAGCUGGGACCUGAACUAAAGAAUGCUAUAAGCCCCCGGAUGAAAGGCAAACCCCAGGAGAGGCAGCGGCAGUGGAUACAGAUCUCAGAUGCUGUGUACAGGAUGAUUUACGAGCAGACCCAAGCCCACUUUGAGGCCGUGGCUGCCAAGUGUGAGAUGGCCCGGCCAGCCAUGGAGAGCGUCAUCCGCACUGAUAUGGACCAAAUCAUUACCUCCAAAGAGCACUUGGCCAGCAAAAUCCGAGCCUUCAUCCUCCCCAAAGCUGAGGUCUGUGUCCGAAACCACGUGCAGCCAUACAUCCCCUCCAUCCUGGAAGCCUUGAUGGUUCCCACCAGCCAAGGCUUCACUGAGGUUCGAGAUGUCUUCUUCAAGGAGGUCACGGACAUGAACCUGAACGUCAUCAAUGAGGGAGGGAUCGAUAAGCUUGGAGAGUACAUGGAGAAGCUUUCCCAGCUGGCAUACCACCCGGUCAAGAUGCAGAGCUGUUACGAGAAGAUGGACCAGCUGAAGCUUGAGGGCCUCCAGCAGCGAUUUGAUGUCUCCAGCGCAUCUGUAUUCAAACAGAGAGCCCAGAUCCACAUGCGGGAGCAAAUGGACAACGCCGUCUACACCUUUGAGACGCUUCUGCACCAGGAGCUGGGGAAGGGCCCCACCAAGGAGGAGCUGUGCAAAUCCAUCCAGCGCAUCCUGGAGCGCGUGCUGAAGAAAUACGACUAUGAUAGCAGUACGGUGCGUAAGAAAUUCUUCCGGGAAGCCUUACUGCAGAUCACCAUCCCAUUCCUGCUGAAGAAACUGGCCCCUACCUGCAAGUCGGAACUCCCCAGGUUCCAGGAGCUGAUCUUUGAAGACUUUGCCAGAUUCAUCCUGGUGGAGAAUACAUAUGAAGAGGUCGUGUUACAGACGGUCAUGAAGGACAUCAUGCAGGCGGUGAAGGAGGCAGCUGUGCAGCGGAAGCAUAACCUUUACAGGGACAGCAUGGUGAUGCACAACAGUGACCCCAAUCUUCACCUGCUGGCGGAGGGUGUCCCCAUUGACUGGGGGGAGGAAUAUAGCAGCGGCAGCCCAACGGAGGCUGACCUGUCCGCUGAGAAACGGCGACGGGCCAAGCAGGUGGUCUCUGUGAUCCAUGAUGAUGAGGCUGGGCUGCCCUAUGAGCCAUGCCCGGAGAUGCUAUCCCCAGGAGUGCCCGAGAAGGAGCCAGCCCCCUACCCUGCAUCCCCAGACAGCGUCAAAGAGCUACGGGGCCUGGUGGCAAAGGAGCUUCGGGUGGAGAGCCCCCAGCCCACUGCUGAGCCACUCACUAAUGGCACAUCCCCGAGGGAGAGCCCCCAGCCCCUGGAGUCUGAGGAGAAAGGGGCUGGCCAACAGGUGUCUUCCCUCAACCACAUCCCCCAUGAGCCAGCACCUACCGUCCCACGCGAGGAGGCCGUCUCACCUCCCACCACUCCCAUCCGACGUCUCCCUUCCGAGGAAGGAGCAGACAGUGAUUGCCCCAAGCCCAGUGACAAGGAGACCGGGGAAGAGGUGUCUGGCCAAGGCAGUACCCUGUACGUCCAAACCACCACAGAAGACAGCACUGGUGUGCAGACUGAAUUUUAGGCCAGAGCCAGGCCUUCCCACCCCAUGGAUUCUGGAUUCCCAUCAGGUGUUGCCCUAGCUCCCCCACACCCCGUCUCCACCCACCCACCCCAGCAGUAGACACUCAUCCUGCGGAUCUUCGGGAGUUGGACUCUGACUUUGGAAUAGAAGCAAGCCAGACUGGAUUGGGGUAGGGGGUCGUUCACUCAAUAUCUACUGGAAACUUGCCUUGUGGGGAGUAAGGAGGAGGGGGAGGGGAUGGGGACGGGGUCCUUCAGUGUUCAGGGGCCCCUUGGCCCCCGAGCCCCACUUCUUUCAGGACUCCCCAGGGGCUCGUCCUUUUACUCUGCCAUUCCAUGAAUAGAGAGAGAAGCUCAUGUUUAUGUGAGAGAGGGUAGGUAGUGACUGCUUAGUUAAAUCGUAGCCUGAAUCAGCUCUCAGCCCCUUCCCCAUUGCCGGUGUCUCUUCUGUUUGAGAGUGAGGACGCGAGAUAGAAGACAGCACGGCCUGAUCCCAACUGCGCGCUUGCUACCAAGAUUUCCCCUAUCGGCUCGGGGCAAGGGAGGGAGAGGAGAGGAGAGGGUGAAGAAAUCAGGAGGAAGCUGGUGUCGGUCUUCGCCUCCUUUUGACACCCUGCUCUCGGGCUUAUUCUAAAGACUGGAUCUUAGCUGGGAAACUGCUUUUUCUGGUCCAUUCUUUCAGCUUAAAAAGCUUCCUUCCUUUCUCCUACUUCCCUUAUUCCCCAAAGGAGUAGGAGAGGGGCAAGAAAAAAAGCUAAAAGUGUUCCAGAAUCCAUUCGAGGCCAAGGGAUUCCUGAGAAUGGGAGAGGAAUGGCCGACCUAACUUCCUUGAGCACUAAUACCUUCUGUUGGUCUCUUCCUCCUCCAUCCUGGAGUGUUUUCUCUUGGGAAAUGAAGCUAUUCCUCUGUCAGAGAGAAAGGCCCGCUGACUAUGGCACAGGCGUAAAUGGAGGGGGUAAGGAUGGGCAGGGACAUUUUCUACUUCUGGGGAAUUGAGUUUUAUUACAUCCAGUCUGAAUUGGGAGGGAGAACAACUAUUCCCUUGUUCCAUUCUAAUGGUUCUUAAGGAAACAAUUCACCCCUAGAGUAUUUUCAGAAGAUCUAGAGUUGAGGAAGAGAAAGAUUGUCCAGCACAGGAGUUCCUGUAAGGAGGGAAUGUCUUAGAUGCCAGGUUUUAUCCCAAGGCAAGUAUCAUUUGUCUUGUCGGGGCUCUAAUUGAAAUUGUGGGUUGGGUCUUAACCUAUGACCUGGGAAGUUGAAGGGGGCAGAGUCAAAGUGUUAGAUGGGAAGAAAGGAUUGGUCAUGGAUAGAGGGGGGAGGCGGGUGUUUCUAGCAGGAGCAAGCUGGGAAAAAUUAGUUUAUGUGGCAUAGGAAUGAAGCCAGGAAGGCACAUAAGGGUGUACCUAGGAGUAGAACCAGGAGGGUCUGACCUGUGGCAUCCAAAAGCCGCAUGGGACCUCAGGGAAGGAGAAAGGCUUUGAGGAAUGGCAAAGUGAAGGGAUUUCCCUGGGUGAAGAAUGUAUUGAGGUGGGUGUUGAAUCAGGAGUGGGAAGAAUUCCAGCCAUCUUGGAUUAGGGAAGUAGAGGCAGAUGCUCUGUGGGUUUCCAUGAGGACGGUGCUAUGUGGUUUUGGCUCACCGGGCCAGCCAUCCCCAUCCCAUUUUUGGCACUCGGGGUGGGUUUUGGGGGUUUUUUUUUGCCUGUGAUCCAUUCUUUGGUGCAGUCUCUGCAUUUCUUUCCCAUUUCCUGUGCAUUCUCUCACCUUUAAAAAAAAAUUGCCUGUGGCCAAUUUGCCUUUUUAUAAGGGAGGAAUGACAGCACAUAGUUCUACUUGGGCAAAGGGAUCUUUUCUCUAUUUCAUUCCCAGCUAAUCUGAAAGAAUAAUGCUUCCCCAGAUCUCACACGUCCACAUAAAUAAAAAUUCAUUUGGGGAACUAUGGAUUGAUUCACCGAUCACUGCAGGGGCCUACUACAUGCUUAUGGAUGGAGCCUCCCCAGCUCCUGCUGAGAGGUUUGCAUCCCAGCCACGUGACUCAGGAGCUCAGUGUCAGAUUGGGGCGGCGCACGCACAAUACACUCCCAGGUGAUCUUAGUCACCCCACGUCUGCAGUCCAAGCGGCCUGGCUUUUUUAUACAUCACCGUGUGUUAGCUCUUGGCACUGCAGUCGACUUCCGUUUUUAUCGGACCCGUAUUCCUGAAAAGUCAUUCUGGAUUCGGGAAGGGUGAGAUCAUGGCGAGUCCUUUGUGAGCUGUGCUAGAAGCCAUCUGUACUAGCAGACACCCCCUGACCAGUGACUUGAUCCCAUUCCCCUUCUAGUAGAGAAAAAAGCCCAGGAAAAGACUGGCUUCUUCAGGAUGUGGCUUGGAUACAGGCCAGGGAAGGAAAUUCUCCUCCUCCCCCCUUAGUCCCUCCCUUCCCUCCACCCCCUCCCCCAGACCCAUCACAUCCUGUGUUGGAGCAGACCAGCUUCCUGAGGCGGGGGGCAAGUGAGGGGCUGCUUCACAUUUCCAUCCUGGGCAAAGGUCUUGGCAAUGUGGCCUAGUAAGUGCGGAAAUACAGGGUCCUGGAAUUAACUCUCUGAAAUGGACAGCUGAUACUCCGAAGCACACUAUGAAUCUUACUCAAUUCUUCUACAAGACACAUUCCGUUUUUUAAAAUGCCUUGUAAACUUUCUUUUCCUUUUUCUUACCAGGGGUCCAGCCUGAACCACUCAGGACCCCCUAUAAGUGCCUUCCCUUGGGUAAUUUCCAAUCUGCCUCUUUCAAGAUAUUGUACUGAAAAUAUUAUACAGAAUGUUUAUGCUUGUACUAAUUAAUAAAUGCUUUAUUUAAAGCCA